GCGGCGGCGGCUGCUGCUGUUGUCACCCACCGGGCCGCCUGUCCCGCUUGCCCUCCCCGCCGCGGGGCUUGCCGGGCCGGCCGGGCCGGGACAGGCGGCCGUCUCCUCUCUGCCACCGCCGCCGCCAUGCUGGCUGCUCGCCCACCCCACUGGGGGCCCCACCGCGCCCCAGCCCCCCGUGGGCCCCGCGCCAGCCCUGACCCGGGUCUCAGCGGCGGUGGCAGCCGAGGUGCAGGAUGCGAGAAGGCGCCCCCCGGCCGGGCUCCCGCUCCAGGCCUCGCUCCCCUGCGGCCCUCUGAGCCCACCAUGGCCGUCCCACCAGGCCAUGGUCCCUUCUCUGGCUUCCCAGGGCCCCAGGAGCACACGCAGGUAUUGCCUGAUGUGCGGCUGUUGCCACGGAGGCUGCCCUUGGCCUUUCGGGAUGCGACCUCAGCCCCGCUGCGCAAGCUCUCCGUGGACCUCAUUAAGACCUACAAGCACAUCAAUGAGGUAUACUAUGCGAAGAAGAAGCGGCGGGCCCAGCAGGCGCCACCUCAGGACUCGAGCACCAAGAAGGAGAAAAAGGUCCUGAACCAUGGUUAUGAUGAUGACAACCACGACUACAUUGUGCGCAGUGGCGAGCGCUGGCUGGAGCGCUACGAGAUUGACUCACUCAUUGGCAAAGGCUCCUUUGGCCAGGUGGUGAAAGCCUAUGAUCAUCAGACCCAGGAGCUGGUGGCCAUCAAGAUCAUCAAGAACAAAAAGGCCUUCCUGAACCAGGCCCAGAUUGAGCUGCGGCUGCUAGAGCUGAUGAACCAGCACGACACAGAGAUGAAGUACUACAUAGUGCACCUGAAGCGGCACUUCAUGUUUCGGAACCACCUGUGCCUGGUGUUCGAGCUGCUUUCCUACAACCUGUACGACCUCCUGCGCAACACGCACUUCCGCGGAGUCUCGUUGAACCUGACGCGGAAGCUAGCGCAGCAGCUCUGCACAGCGCUGCUCUUCCUGGCCACGCCUGAGCUCAGCAUCAUUCACUGCGACCUCAAGCCCGAGAACAUCCUGCUCUGCAAUCCCAAGCGUAGCGCCAUCAAGAUCGUGGACUUCGGCAGCUCCUGCCAGCUUGGCCAGCGGAUCUACCAGUACAUCCAGAGCCGCUUCUAUCGGUCGCCUGAGGUGCUUCUGGGCACACCCUACGACCUGGCCAUUGAUAUGUGGUCCCUGGGCUGCAUCCUGGUGGAGAUGCACACUGGAGAGCCCCUCUUCAGUGGCUCCAAUGAGGUGGACCAGAUGAACCGGAUUGUGGAGGUGCUGGGCAUCCCACCAGCCCCCAUGCUGGACCAGGCACCCAAGGCUCGCAAGUACUUUGAACGGCUGCCUGGGGGUGGCUGGACCCUACGAAGGACAAAGGAACUCAGGAAGGAUUACCAGGGCCCCGGGACACGGCGGCUGCAGGAGGUGCUGGGCGUGCAGACGGGCGGGCCCGGGGGCCGGCGGGCGGGGGAGCCGGGCCACAGCCCCGCCGACUACCUCCGCUUCCAGGACCUGGUGCUGCGCAUGCUGGAGUAUGAGCCCGCCGCCCGCAUCAGCCCACUGGGGGCUCUGCAGCACGGCUUCUUCCGCCGCACGGCUGAUGAGGCCACCAACACGGGCCCGGCAGGCAGCAGUGCCUCCACCUCGCCCGCACCCCUUGAUACCUGCCCCUCCUCCAGCACCGCCAGCUCCAUCUCCAGCUCUGGAGGCUCCAGCGGCUCCUCCAGUGACAACCGGACCUACCGAUACAGCAACCGAUAUUGUGGGGGCCCCGGGCCCCCCAUCACUGACUGUGAGAUGAACAGCCCCCAGGUCCCACCCUCCCAGCCGCUGCGCCCCUGGGCAGGGGGUGAUGUGCCCCACAAGACACAUCAGGCCCCUGCCUCCGCCUCGUCACUGCCAGGGGCCGGGGCCCAGUUACCCCCUCAACCCCGAUGCCUUGGCCGUCCCCCAUCACCAACCUCACCACCACCCCCGGAGCUGAUGGAUGUGAGCCUGGUGGGCGGCCCUCCAGACUGCUCCCCACCUCACCCGGCGCCUGCCCCCCAGCACCCGGCUGCCUCAGCCCUCCGGACUCGGAUGACAGGAGGUCGUCCACCCCUCCCACCCCCUGAUGACCCUGCCACUCUGGGGCCUCGCUUGGGCCUCCGUGGUGUACCCCAGAGCACGGCAGCCAGCUCAUGACCCAGCCCCCUCCCUGGGGCCCCUCCUGAAGCCAUACCCCCCAUCUGGGGGCCCUGGGCUCCCAUCCUCAUCUCUCCCCUUGACUGGAAUUGCUGCUACCCAGCUGGGGUGGGUGAGGCCUGCACUGAUUGGGGCCUGGGGCAGGGGGUCAAGGAGAGGGGUUUAGGCGCACCCUCCUCACUAAAGACUGGACCCUUGGCCCCCUCUCCCCCCCCCCCCUUGUUUUCUAUUUAUUGUACCAAAGACAGUGGUGGUCCGGUGUCGGGGGGAGACCCCCUUCACCCUAGGGCCCUAGGAGGGGGUGGGGGCAGGUAGGGGGAGAUGGCCUUGCUCCUCCUUGCUGUACCCCCCAGUAAAGAGCUUUCUCACAUG